AGCAGUGAAAAUGCUAUUGGAUAUAAAUUGGGGGGGGGGGUCUAAAUCAAGGCUUAUGGUUGCAGUGUGGAUACUACCCUAGAGCAUUUAGAUUGUAAAAGUAUACAUGUAUUCUUAGAAGUAUGUUCCAUUAUGAGAGCCAGUGUGGUGUAGCAGUUUGCUCUAAGACUUGGGAGACCAGAUUUCUAAUCCCCACUCAGCCAUGAAGCUCACUAGGUAAUUUUGGGUCAAUCACUGCACCUUCAGCCUAGCCUACUUCACAAGGUUGUUGUGAGGAUAAAAUGAGGAGGAGGAGAACUAUGUAUUGAGGAAAGUUGGAAUGUAAAUGUAAAUUAUUAUUAUUUUCAAUGGGGCUUAAUUCCUAGUGUGUUGACGGUUACAGUCUUUAUUUACAUAAAUGUUUGUUCCAAGGCAGGUAACAAAAUAAAAACAACUGAAAUACAAUAAAAACUGGGGAGAAAGUGAAGCAUACGACUAACACAGCAAACUUAAAACCUCAACAGUCCAUUUGGUUUUCAUUUUACUAAGCUAAAAGCUGGGGAAACAGAAAUUUAGUUAACAUUGUUGAUUUGAACGAGGUGUUUGAUGAGUGAAGCAUUGAAAUUUGCUGCAAAACAAACUGCCUUUCCCAGCUCACCAAGGGAGGGCACAGGAAACUGAACCGGAAGGCAGAAUCCGAAGAAGGCUCUGGCUGCUGCCAGUCUUCCAAGCCCACCACAGAUAUUUGAUGACAUCAUGUGGUGUCACAGAUGCUUGGAGAUUCAAAGCUGCUGGAGCUCUGGCCUCUUAAAAUGAGCAGGCUUGAUUUCAAAGCAAAGCAUAAGCAUAGAUAGGGGUGUGGUAGAAUUCUGAGAAUCAGCAGUUCUCUGGGUAGCGGAUCACACACUCGGUGAAACACUUCUCAAGUGAGAACCAACCGCUCCUUUUAUUGUGCGAUCCUGUAUGUGUCUGCUUGAAAGUAAGGCCCAUCGAGUUCCAAGGUAAGCGUGUGAGCUUAAUUUGGCUACUGCCCAGCAGAGCUUUACGGAACAGCAGGGUCUCAGCCACAUGCACAGCCCUGUUGAGACUGCUGGCCAGGGGCAGGACAACCCUUUCCCAGCCUGGGGUUGGUGCAGCAAUUGGGCCUGGAUCCCAUUUUCAGACAAGUAUUGUCUUCCAAAGCGCCUCACAUCAAUCCUACUAAAUUGAUGCAAACGUCAGGCUUACAAGCCAAGAAGACAGGAUACAUGAGGGAGGACAAAUGGCAGGAAAAGGACAGUUUGACAAUACUAGUGUCAAGUGGCAGUGUUGCAGCAAGUGUUUGAGGAUGGCUCCAAGUAUGGGAUAAAGAGUGAACUUUUCUCAGGAUUGCCAAGAAGAAAAAUUCUGGUUGAGUUUAGUUCACCCAACAUUGCAAAGAAGUUUCAUGUGGGUCAUUUGCGCUCUACAAUAAUAGGAAAUUUCAUAGCAAAUAUCAAAGAAGCAACGGGACAUCAUGUUACAAGAGUAAAUUACCUUGGAGAUUGGGGCAUGCAGUUUGGUUUGUUGGGAGCUGGCUUCCAGCAGUUUGGCUCUGAAGAAAAACUAAAAUCUAAUCCUUUGCAGCAUCUUUUUGAGGUUUAUGUACAGGCCAAUAAAGCAUCAGAAGAGGAGGAAAACAUUAAAAAGCUGGCGCAAGAUUUCUUUAGAAAAUUGGAGGCACAUGAAGAACAAGCGGUGUCAUUGUGGCAACGUUUUAGAGACGUUAGCAUUGACGAUUAUGCCCGGAUGUACAAGCGCCUGGGAGUGUGCUUUGAUGAAUAUUCUGGAGAAUCGUUCUACCAGGAGAAAAGCCAAGAAGUCUUAAAGAUGCUGGACACGAAAGGACUCCUUAAGAAAACUCAAGAAGGAACAGGAGUAGUUUACCUGUCCGAAAAGGGGGACCGUUCUGCUGUAAUGCGGAGUGAUGGAACCUCGCUCUACCUAACGAGAGAUCUUGCUGCUGCUAUAGACAGAGUGGAAAAAAGGAAUCCUGACACUAUGAUAUAUGUGACAGAUAAAAGCCAGAUCCCUCAUUUUCAACAGGUCUUCCAGAUACUAAAAUUAAUGGGUUACCAAUGGGCAGAAAGGUGCCAGCAUGUGCCCUUUGGAAGAGUUCAAGGAAUGAGGACUCGGAAAGGAGAAGUGGUUUUCCUUGACGAUGUUUUGGAUGAAGCUCGCUCCAUGGUGAUAGAACAAAGUGCUUCUGCAAAAACAACCAAAGAACUGGACAACCCUCUUGAGACAGCUGAAAGGAUUGGGCUCGCAGCAUUUAUCAUUCAGGACUUCAGGGGCCUCCUAUUAUCUGAUUAUCAGUUCAGCUGGGAUCGUAUUCUCCAAAGCCGAGGUGAUACUGGUGUCUUCCUGCAGUACACACACGCCAGACUGCACAGUUUAGAAGAGAUGUGUGGAGCAGUCAGUCAGGCGUCUCACAUUAACGCUGCAUGCCUACAAGAUCCACAGGCUAUUUCGUUAAUUCAGCACCUUCUCAGGUAUGACGAGAUUCUAUACAAGUCUUCUCAAGAUCUCCAGCCCAAGCAUAUUGUUGCCUAUCUCCUUAAACUAAGUCACUUAGCAGCUGUGGCUCACAAAAUGCUACCUGUGAAAGGCAGUGUUCCAGAACUAGCAGAGGCAAGGCUCUGUUUGUUCCAGGCUGUUCGCUCUGUUCUGGCUAAUGGAAUGAAGCUUCUAGGAAUCACACCUGUCAAUAAAAUGUAAAGAGAAGAUCUCCUGCACUGCGUAUUCUAAACUAUAUGAGUGCUGAAGACUAGCUGUUAUUCUGUCCUUGCUUCUCUAUAUUUGCCUGGACCAGAGGUGGGAAACGUGUGGACUUUUAAGAUGUCUUUGGACUCCCGCCAACCCCAGACAAUGGAUCAGAGAUUAAAGGAGUUGUAGUCUAGCAGUUUUUGACCAAACUGCGGGAGGCACUGCAAGACAGGAGUGCCUGGCGUGCUAUGGUCCAUGGGGUCACGAAGAGUCGGACACGACUAAACGUCAAAACGAGUCUAGCAGUACCUAGAGACCAGAUCAUUGGACACACACAGCCUUAGCCACUGAAGAACAGAUCCAAUUCCCUUUUGCCAUUAUAUUAUUUUGUCUGUAUUAUUCUUAUGAGAGGAGCUAAUCCUUUCAGUAUGACCCCUUUCUUCAAAGUAUGUCAUGGGGAGGAGGUUGCUGCCCUUGUAAAACAAACGUUGCAGUAAAAACCCACAGCAAUGCAAAUGCAGCUACAGCAAGUUCAGUGCACUGUGAUUAUUCACCUUGUGUACAAUAAAGCAGUCUUAAAAUCUAAAUACC